CGCAGAGCGACCUGCUGGUGAUCAACAAGACUGAUCUGGCUGAGGCGGUGGGCGCCGACCUGGGCGUCAUGCAGCGUGACGCUGACCACAUCCGCGACGGCGGCCCAGUCACCAUGGCGGUGGUCAAGCACGGCAAGAACGUCGAUGAGAUUGUCCAGCACGUUCUGGGGUCGUGGCAGGACUGCGUUCCUGGUGCCAAAAUCAAGGCGUAAAUGGUCGGUCAGCGCUGCCAGGUCUAGCUGACCCAGAGAUGUCCAGCCAUCGUCACCGCCACCAUCAUCUGACUCGUCAACAUUCCCACUCACCCAGGCUCUCUUCACUAUUUAAAUUCUAUUCACUUGAAUUCCUGGCCCAAUGUACAUUGGAAUCAUCGGCUCGAAGGCAAGCGGCAAGGAGGAAGUGGCACAGUACCUGGUCAGCCAGCACCAGUUCACGCGCCUGUAUUUGCGGCCUGGUGCACCGGCAUUGACGACCACCAGCACCGACGAGUCGCAAACCGAGUUCCAGUCAGCCAAGGACAUGCUGAGCUUCACCACACCACGCUGGCGGACCCGAUUUGUGACGACGGAUGUCACGGACCCAGUUGACCUGUACCUGCUGCUCAAGCGGCCAUUCUUCAUGGUGGUGGGCAUUGACGCACCGCUGGGGCUUCGGUACAGGCGGUACACCGAGCGAUCGAUGCGGCAGGCAGACCCUGUGAUGUCGCUGGACGAGUUCGUUGCGCUGGACGACAGCCUCAUGUAUGCAACGCCGCGGGGACCGGCUGCCACCCCGUCGCCCGGGCCGCUGGAGGUGCGGGACGAGGAGAAGAUGCCCAAGCAGCUGAUGUCGCCGAUUCUGCGCAGCGCCGACCCGUCGCAGGAGCUCAGCCUGAAGCGCAUGCUGGCGAGCGCCAACGUAUCAGUCACCAACACGUUCAGCAGCGUGAGUGAGCUGCAUGAGUACUUGGACAAGCUGGACCUGCUGAACAGCGAGCGGCUGCGGCCGUCGUGGGACACGUACUUUAUGCUACUGUCGGAGCUGGCGUCGCAUCGGGCCAACUGCAUGAAGCGCAAGGUGGGGUGCAUUCUGGUCAAAGACACCCAGAUCAUCGCCACCGGCUACAACGGCACUCCCAAGGGCAUCACCAACUGCAACGAGGGCGGGUGCCCGCGCUGCAACGCCGGCACGCCGUGUGGGGUGUCGCUGGAUCACUGCCUGUGUAUCCACGCCGAGGAGAAUGCUCUGCUGGAGGCUGGCCGAGGCCGUGUGCGCAACGCCCAGGGCGUGGUGCUAUACUGCAACACGUGCCCGUGCCUGGGCUGCGCAAAGAAGAUCGUGCAGGUCGGCGUCGGGACCGUGGUCUACUCCAAGGGCUACGGAAUGGACGCCCUGACCCUGAAGCUGUUCAAGGAGGCUGGCAUCGAAGUGCGCCAGCACACGCCGCCGACGCUCAGCAUGGAGAUCGGGUCGCCGUAGGACUCAGCUUUUUCACCAAUACACAUAUUUUA